AACAAUGCGGAGAAACUCGAUUAUUCGAAGAAUUGGACGAUGCACGACUGCUAUAAUUAUUCUUGCGCUUGUUAUUUUGGUUCUGCAAGUCUACAAUCUUUUUCUGCUGUACAAAAUGGAGAGCAGAGAGUUUGCAUCGGAUGCUCGUGGAGAGAGUCAGUCAAUGUUCAAAUGGCCCUGGAUUUUAUGGGAAACCAGCGACGAUUUUAAAAAUCCGAAAAUUCAAUUGAAGCUUGGUACUCCUGUGGGAUUGUUCAAUGCCCUUCCUGAUGACAAGAGUGGACAAUACAAGAUCAGACACUUCUAUGUCAGACCCGAACACAAUUCCGCAAUCUCGUCCGAUCGUGACGUCACACUGAUUACUCAAUGCUCUGCAAACAACCUUCAUCAUCUGAUACUAAUGGCCAAUCGGUGGCAAGGACCGAUGUCAAUAGCUGUGUUCGUUCCUGGCCAUUUUGCGCACCUUUCUCACCGCUUUGUUUACGAGCUACGAGAAUGCAGUCCUACACUAAAAGCGAAUGCAUCUUUCCACAUGGUGUACCCAAAAGCUCAUCUUCCCUCUGACAGCGAGUUUAUGUAUGUGCCGCUGAAUCACCACUUGCCUUGUGAAGUUAUACAGAAAAAAGCCAAGACGAUCCCAGGCAUGAACUAUGCAUUGAUGCAGAUGCCCUACCCUAAUAACUUGCUGCGAAACGUUGCGAGAAAACACGUUGCAUCACAAUUCAUAUUUCUGGUUGAUAUCGACACGAUUCCUAGUCAAGGACUUCGUGCUCAAUACAACAGCUUUGCGGCAGCAUUUCACUUGUUUGAACCGGCAUAUGCUCGUGAAGCUGUUGUUUAUGUUGUUCCAGUAUUUGAGAUGCAGCAUGGCAAGCCACCUCCAGCAACAAAAAGCAAACUUUUGGAAGCUGUCAGGUCUGGGCUUGCACGUCAGUUUUAUGUGAGUCGUUGCUUCAAAUGCCACAGUCCUACUGACUAUGCCAAGUGGCUGAGUUUUGAUUCUGCUCAAAACUCAGUACUUCGACCACUGUAUAUGGUUGAAUGGCAUGAUGCUUACGAGCCAUUCUAUAUCGGCAGAAACACCGUACCUCUAUAUGACGAACGAUUUAAACAGUAUGGAUUCAACAGGAUCAGCCAGGUGUGUGAAACAAACAUGGCUGGAUAUCAGUUUGCUGUACUGGAUCAUGCAUUUCUGGUGCACGAGGGGUUCAAAAUGAAGGACGAAUUUCAUGCCUCCAAAGAUGCCGAAAACGCAAGAAAUCGCGAGCUCUAUAAGAAAUUCAAACACGACAUGAGACUGAAGUAUCCAAACUCAAAGAGAUCGUGCGAUUAACUUUGCAUGGUAUUGUUGUUGUGGGUGUUGCACGACUUGCUAUCAGUUGGUAGAUUUUCUGACUUCAUAACAAUAGGUGAACACAGGUGAGUAACUCGCUGCUUUAGAAAAUCGAAGUUUAUAUAUUGUAUAGUUCGUCAUAUUGGCUUUUAGCAGACAGAGCUUGUUUUUAGAAAGUUUUGCUUUA